AAAAGAAAAAUGGAAAUAUGGGCACUUUACACCUGUAAAUAGACAAAAGCCGAACGACAGUCGACAUGAACGUCGCCAAUGUGGCCUUUUAUGGGUGUGCGCUUGGUCUUCUGGCGAUGGGUUUGAAAGAGAUGUUGUCGGGAUUCGAAGAGAAUAGGUGCAGCAUGACCUAUAUGUUCGAGUAUCCCGAGUACCGGCGUGUGGCCCUGCCCCGACGCGUGGCCCGUCUGUACCCCGCAUAUGGGCUCUAUCUGUACGGGGAGGGCCAGUACGCUCAGGAAACCCGUGGACUCAAGCUGACCGGUGCCCCUGUUCUUUUCUUGCCUGGAAAUGCAGGCAGCCACAAACAAGCCCGCUCCCUGGGUUCAGUGGCCCUGCGCAAGGCUGAGGCCCUGGAGGGAGGGAUCCACCUUAACGUGUUCACCAUCGACUUCAACGAGGAACUUGUAGCCCUAUACGGAGGCAGCCUGCACCGGCAGACACACUUCCUGCAUGAGUCCAUCAAGGCCAUCCUCCGCCUCUACAAGGACAAUAAGACGCCACCUCAUAGUGUGGUGUUGGUAGGUCAUUCCAUGGGGGGAGUGGUAGCCCGAGCCCUCUUCACCCUGCCACGCUUCAGCCCCAGCCUGGUCAGCCUCAUCAUCACCCAGGCAUCCCCUCACCAGGCCCCCGUGCUGUCCCUUGAUACAAACCUGCUGGAGUUCUAUUCUGCUGUAAGACAGCGGUGGGUGGUUCAGGCAGACGACCUGCGCAACGUGACCGUUCUCUCCGUGGGGGGCGGUUAUCGUGACUACCAGGUGCGCUCCGGACUCACAGUCCUGCCUUGCCCCCGCAAUGACCCCACUAAGCUGUCUCUGGUGGCUACUGCAGUUCCUAGGACAUGGGUGUCCACAGACCACCUGUCCAUUGUAUGGUGUAAAGAGUUGGUUCUAGCCACUGUGCGUGCUUUCUUUGACCUCAUCGACCCUGAAACGGGACAGUUUUCAGAUGAUCCGGAUAGGAGAACAGCUGUUCUGAACCAUCACUUUAUCAGACAUCCUGUUCGUCUGCUGAGUGAAGCGCUAGAGACGCCCAUCACCCUCACAGGAUCUCCUGAAGCGUGGAGUGAGGUGAAUACUCUACGUCUGGCGUACAGCUCCCCAAAAGAAGGACAAGCCAAGUAUUUCCUGUUUGCCCUCUCCAGUCGCAGAAAAGCCUACAGCCACUUCUACUGUCGCAAUAGCAACCUGGAAAUGACCAGCUGGGUUUACGGAUGUACACAGAUGAAUGGGUCAAUCUGUGUGCAGGGAGUAGAUCUAUCUCUGGGAACAGAACUUCUUCCAGCUUACAAGGUUCUGAUCCUCCAACUCAGUGAGCUGUCAACAGUCUCUCACCUCGUUGUGGCUGCCUCCAACCUCAACGGUAGACAGUUCACCGUGGAGUGUGAGUGGCAGCGACAGGAGUCUCAGACCAUCUCCUUGGCAGCACCGCAUGUUCUCUCCUUCGGCAUGACCGUUGGAGAUGUCACUCUGAGCUCCACCGGACUUCUGCACACUGUUGAGCUGCAGCACUUUCACCAGGUCUAUCAAGCUUUCAGAAUCUCAGUAAUAAGCCAGUGCAAGGUAACCAAAGCGGACAGGCUGCCGAAUGUCUACAGAAUAAAGGUGCCGUGGUUUAGCGAGGACUCUUUUACCAUGUCAAGCGUUCCAUCGAUAACAGAGAUAUCGGGCAUGCUGCACACAAGUCGUCCUGACAACACCACUGGUGUCCUCCUGCAGCUCCACACUGCCCCCAACUGCCAGUAUAAGGUACUUGUAAGAACGUCCUUUCCCAAAGUACUGGGACAGGUGCUGAGGUUCUGCGGUCCUGUGUUGCCUGUUUACACAGCUGUAGUGCUCCUACUGGCCUGUGGUGGGCAGUUCUCCGCUAUAGUAAGGACAGGGCACCCCCUACCGAUGAACCAGGCUGUGGUCAGAGCCCUGCAGCCCCACAAGGUGGAUCUACCGGUUUACCUGCUGCACCUGCUGCUCAGGCAUAGCUGGUUCCAGGAUGGUUGGUCCACUCUUCAUCUUCCAUCCUUGGAUGCACUGCCCUCCACCUCACCUGAUGGUACAUCCCAGGAGAAGGUUCCCCCAACUGAAGACUGGCCACGGCUCCUGUCCCCCCUGCUGUAUAUUCUGGGUGCGUCUGUGGCCUUUUGGGGCAGCGCACUGCUUCGCCUCACUCUAUGGCUGCUCUCAUUACUAUUGGCCCCUAUGCACAGGCCAUCGGUGUCUCGAGACUGCGGCACCCUGCGUAGAUGGACUCAGAUCCUUCUCAUCCUGUGUCUCAGUAUGUUGGGCGGGGCUUCCUGUGGAGCCCUGUCAAUCACCGUCGCCUUCCUGCUCCAUCUUUACCGAGUGCUGAGGCUGCAGAUGACUGAGUGGUCUCUGAGUCACAUGCUGAAUCUGGCGCCUGAUAAACUGAGAGAUAAAGAAAACCGAACUGGGAACGGAGCUGGGGACAGUGGGGCUCUGAACAGUAGACCAAAAGAAUGUAAUGGCUCCCCCUUGCUGUCAGAGUCAGUGCUGCAGGAUGUGAGAGACGACCUGCAGCUUCACACCAGCCUGUCUGCUCUCCUGACUCUGCCGGUCAUGCUCUGUGCUCCAUCACUGAUUCAUUGGACCCGCAACCUCAGAUAUUCAGCUGCUCGGUUGGAUCCUGACCCUUGCUGGCCACACACUGUGCCUCUCCUCAUCGCCUCUGUGCUACUCAUCAACUGUAACACUCUGACUCUCAGCUACAGUAAGACCCUGCCAAUCACAUCCCGUCUACUGCUGCCUCUCUCUGUUGCCAUGGUGGCAUUCUCUCCACUCCAUCUAUACCGAGUUACCUACUUCCUGUCUGCAGCUCUUAUUCCACUGUCGGUUUCCUGUCUCUUCUGAGCUCCGUUGGUACUUGCGCUGGACUUCACACUCCGCAGACUCUCAGAAACGGGUCAGGUGCACAAACUACUUUUUCAGGUCAUGAACAGGGGAGUCAUUGGUAACCCUACAGCAGGGCCAUACACAUAGAAAGUUCUAUCCAACAAAUCUUGGAUCCAGGCAUCCCAAAACAAAAUGCGCAUUCCUUUUUUAGGGGAAUCGAGUUGUCAUGGUGAGAUUGAUGUCAAUAAGGCUUCUCUUUGAAUUAUUCGUUUUAAACAGUGUUUGCUUUUCUCUAUAUGUGGCCCUGUCUUUGAGGAGCAUCACAUGUUCAAUACUCCCUUAUAAAUGAUACUCCUUAUACUAGUGGUUCUCAACAGGGUAUUGCUCUCAUUGUUUGUGUAAACUGUCAUUUACAUUACUAUUGGGGUAAUGGUGAGUAUAACUGGAUUUGUACAGUAUGUUUAUUGGUUGUCCCUUCAAACAGACAUAGAAAUGUUCACCCAUUCCCCCCAUUGCUUCUUAACAUCUUGGGUCAACAUUUUUGAUAUUAUCAAUAUUUAAUUGAUCCCACAGUCAUUAAGCUAGCUACCUUUACUCUGUCAAUACUAAGGCUUUAGCUGUUGAAUGUUGGACAUUUUAAUAAUACAUUUACAGUUGCAAACCAACCAAGAAUUUACUGUAUGAGUUUUCAUAUUUAAAAAAAUCAUGUUUAGAAAUUUUAUAUCGGUAACAUAAAAAAAAAAGGAUUUUGAAGUUCACAGAAAUAAGGUAUUUAACUAGAAAAUCUUGAAUGUUACCAGUGUACUUCCUUCCUCUGCCAUCCUAGGUGAUGUCAUGCAAGAUGACCUUGGCUAAGACUCUGGUCUCAUCACCCUAAUGACAGUGUACAGACUUGAAAGGGGGAGUUAUCCUAAACACUAAAAACACAUCUUUGAUCUGUGUAUGGAUUUGUUUUGUAUUCUGUAGUUUCAGUAUCUCAAUUUCUUCAGUCCUUCUUCUGGUGCACCUAGUGAGGCGUUAUUGAAAUUUGAGCUCAUAAUUGUAUAACUGGUUCUUAGCCAAGUAUGCCAAUUAUUAUUUAGCAUGUGGCAAUAGGUAUGAAUGCUAUUGGAGUGACUAAAUCAUAAGUCUCAACAUAGACAAGCCUGCUAACUAGUCAGUUCUGCAAUGUUGUAGGAAGGUUAUUGAGUUGGAUGCUAUUCAAUAUCAUGUCACUAGGGGGAUAAUGUUACAUGCAUAUCGCAACAACUAUCAAAGCAGUUUUGCUAUGCAUCGCUAUGGGUGGUGUCAAGGUUGUCAUUAUCAGUACUUGAGUAUUUUAAUUGUGGUUUUUACUAAAAAUGUUUUUACUAAAAAUGUCUUCAGCUUAAAGACCUUGUUUGAAAAUACAGGAUCUUUGUCCAGAACAGAGAUGUGGUUAAGAGGCCAUGGCCACUGAAGAGUUGUAAUUACUUGGACAACAAUAGCAUUUGGUUGUUCCGUGUGCCUCAAUGAGUUCCCUCACAUUUUCCUAAGUGGAUCUGUAGAGCCAUUGCUUCUGCUUUGAAAGACUGUUGACACCAGCCUGGUCUCCACAUGGCAAAUGCAUAUAAAUAUGUAUUGGCCCUCAUCGUAGCAAUGACUGCACAGGGUUGUAGAUGUUGAGAACUAUUGUAAGAAGCUCUAUUCCCACUGAUAAAUGAAGGCCCAAGAAAAGCACAGGCACCAGAAAUGCCUCUUGACUGUUGCACCCUCUGCUAAUUUGAGGUGUGUUUGUGGAUCCCUAAUCCUGUCAGCCAUAGUUCCACUCCUAUGUAUAAAACAAUGGAUUGUGGUAAUGGUGUUUUACAUGUUAGCCUCUAACCCUAACCCCUAUGGGUUUGUAAAAGUGUGUGUGUGUGUGUGCGCGCGUGUACAUGUAAGUUUGAUGCUCACCAGCACCCCGUGUCCCCAGCUCUGUUUGCAUCCCUUGGUCAAAGCAUCCUAGUGCCUUUCUCCCUCCCCUCCAUGCAUUCACUCUGCUAUCUGCCUGUCAAAGUAGACACUUCCCCAUCAGGCCGAAGAUUGUCUCAAAGACCAGCAUCUCUGACAAAUGACUCAUCUCAACCUCAACUAAGUGCAACAGCACAACAGUAGUGAGCAUUGCCAUGGCUUGUAGCUGUCUUAAUGCUUUUUUAUAACAGAUGUCACAAACAGAAUGGUUACAUGGAACGGAACAGGUUAGUGCAUGUUAUUUGAACACGUUUGAAUCAUUAGAGACAGGCUAUGAAUGAUCCACCUCUGUCCGUCCUAGCUAGCUUCAGCUUCGAGCCUGCUCUUGGGACCAAACAAAAUUAUAUAGCACAAACACACACUCAUACUUCACACCUUCCCGGAUGACACCCCUGUGUCACUUGCACUGUGAAUGUACCUGCACCCGUUUGUGUGCGUGUGAAUCUAAGACUGUAGGUAGUGGUGUAUACGUGGGCGCUUUUGUGUGUAAUAAACUAGUGAGUCUCUUUGUGGUGCAGUAUUAGUGCUUUGAAAUGCACACAUUCUGCCAAAUUACGUACGUGAAUUGUGACAAGAUUUAUAUAGCUGAAAUUUUGUUGUAAAUCUUAGAAGUGGGGAUUUUUUUUUUUCUAUGAAUAUGAUUGUGAUUUUUAUUGGUGUUCACUGUGACAGUGCCGUGAUUUCUAAAGUUGAAUAGACACCUUAAUGAACCCUGUUUUUCUACCAACCAAAGCUCUUGAAGCAUAGAAGCAUAAUACUUUCCUUGAAAUCUUUUUUUUUUUUUUUUUUUUUACGGAUGCUUGCAGUCAUAACUAUUUCAAGCAGGCGUACAGUAACUGUAUUCACGAUAUUAACUCCUGAAAAUGUAUGUCAUCACAAUUGGGUAAUUUAGUAGGUUGGCUACUUUUGGAAUGAUGAAUAAACAAGUGAAAUAGCCGAUAAUACAAAGUGUUUUUUAAUGUAAAAUUGCAUCCAGUUAAGUACAGUAUAUAGUAGUUGUAACUGUUCUGUUGCAACUAAAUACUUUAUAGACCCCAGCUAGAAACUUGAUAGAAUCCAACCCAGUACUUUUUUUCCCACAGUAAAUGGCCCAAUUCUUGUGAAAUAAAUAGUGUUAAAACACAUUCAUUAAGAAAUAAGAUUUUUCUGAUUACAAUUUUGUAUCAUAUUGCUGUGACAGUUCCUCCACUUGUUUGCUACCAAGUAGAAAGUGGAAAUUUACCACAAUGCAGAAAUCUGCUGGAAUGGCCCUUUUUACCUGUGGUGAUAUCUCAUGUCCCUUACUAUGGAAAUGCCUUUGAUUGGAGUAGUUAAAUACAUUUUCCAAAAAAGCAAACAGUAUGUUUGUUUUUUUAACACUAAUUGUUGCUAUACUUUUUGUUUAUGGUUGACACCGCUUGAUGGCAAUUUCAGCAUUUUUUAACAGGUUCAAUGCACAAUCAUGAAUCCACCUGCUAUUUAUGACUUCAUAACCGGUCCUUUUUUACAACCACUUGAUUAUGAAUGCUGCAUUAGAGAGGAUCUUUACAGAAAGGAGUACUUAAGUUAGGAAAACUGCUAUGUGCACUCUGUCAAAUCGCUCAAUCUCUGGCAAGCUGUCACUGAGCCUUCCCUAGCGUGCACACUGCCCCCUCGGGCAGGGUGUAUCUAAUUUAUGCCAGAGACAACCAGUCAACCAGUACAUGGGAAACAUCCAUCUUGGCAAAUAUAUGUAUUUGCGUGACUCCACUACUAAAAACGUAUUAAGAUGAUACCAAUUCAAUGAUUUGUCACUGUUCAAAUAGCAAUUUACUUUGUUGAAUGUUAUGCAUGUAUCACUCAUCCGUGAUCCCAACAAUCUCUGAAACCUUCCAUGCAUCUGUUUUCAGAAUUAUAUCUCUGUAUGAAGCCAGCAAAGCAUCAUAAAUAAUGUGUAAACCGGACAACUACCUUACUACCAUGAAAUAGUCAUUAGAAUUAAGCCCAUGCUAGCAAGACUGUAGACAAACUUGACACUGCCAAAGCUAACACUGUAGCCAGCUAACUUGAGCAAAGUUAGCUGGCUACAGCUAGCUAGAUGCCAUCAAUAUCAGCACCUAAUGGAUUGCAACUAAAAUAGUUAAUAAUGUUAACCUAACUAGCGUACUACAUUUCAUGGCACAGCAAAUGUUCGUUUUUUUUCAUAUGUGAAUGACAUUGCUGCAAUAGCUGUCAAACUUUGGUGAUGAUUACUGAGUUUUAAUUCAGUAAAGAAAACUUGAGAUUUCUGGUCUAUAUUACCCCAAAAGGCAUGCACAGUUGCAUAACAAAAAAAUCCACCGGUAAUGUUAGACCAUCCUGGAAAUGUUGGCAUACUAUUCCCAAUGCACUAUGGUUAUGGCCCUACUAAACGUGCUAUAUCAUAUACAGUGGGGGUUAUUACUUAAAAAUCAUACCAUGUGAUUUUCUGGAUUUUUGUUUUAGAUUCCGUCAC